AUGAACAAGCUCGAAGAGACGAGGCGAGCCAACCACAAACCCGCGAUUGAUAGCGUUCAUGGUGCGAUGUACACGCGGGCACGCUCGCCAAUUGCAUGCUUGAUGAAGAUCGUGUAUCUCGAUACUUGGUUUGCUUUGAAAGUUGCUUGCCACGGCUUCCUUCUCGGUGAUAGGUUGCUUCAAAGGAUGCUAAACACCUCAUUCUCGGCAAUAGUUGAGACAACUCGGACGUUAAUCCUUGCCAAACUCGAGCUUAUGGCGAACUAUGCAUCGCUUGGCUCUCGUCUCUUCACGUCCAUGGGCAUCGAAAUCUCUAUUCUCAUCAAUGAUGACAGGCGCGAGGUCGAGAGGAGAUGCGAUCGAGCAAGGCCGCAUGAAGGCGCGAAAGAAUGCAUGCAUGGCCAAAAAGACGAGCGUGAGCUCGAAUACGAGACGCACAAGCAUGAGGAAGGUGCCGCGAGUCGUGGACAUAUGCAAGGAAAGAUCGCGCGAGGGUGCGGAUUCGAGAAGUUGCAGCCCAACCCGAUGAACCUCAAAUCCUCCUCCAAGCACACCAACGGUGAGGAAGGCCGGAGCCAGCGGCCGGUGAGGGACAGAAAGAAGCCAAAUACUGCCCACAAGCUGCCGGAGCCAGCGGCCGGUGAGGGACAGAAAGAAGCCAAAUACUGCCCACAAGUUGUAGCUCGGCCCGAUGACCCUCAAAUCCCUCUCCAAGCGCACGAUAAGGAUCUUUCUGAAAGGAAAUUGGUUGACGUGUCUACUAUGUCAAAGGUGACUGAUACGAUGUACGAUCUGAUACGCAAGGCACAGACCAGGGAUGAUUCUUACGUAAGUGCAUUAUUGGAUGUUGUUGUGGAGAAACACAAGUCUACGACACUCGAUUUACUUGAGGGAGUUGAGCUGUCAAAUUUCUUGGCUCGAUUGCAUGAGGACAUUAAUAACCUUAAGUCAAUGCUGCGUGCGAUUUAUAUUGAACGGGGUAGAAUACACUUGCAUGGACACAAGGUCCUUAUUGUAAACCCGACAAGUUCUAAUAAAUUGGAUCCAGAUUAUCUGGAGUCGAGCCGAAAGCUUGAGAAGUGGUACGCUGAAACUAAAUGCGACACAAUUGUUGCAAUAGGGUUUAUUGCCAGUACGCCUAAGAAGAUUCUUACACCUUUAAAGCGUAGUGAAAAUGAUUUUUCUCUUCAACACGUGAUGAUCAACCUUGGGGAGAAAUUAAGUGAUGAAGAAGUUGAGCAGAUGGUUAGGGAGACUGAUUUGGAUGGAGAUGGACAAGUUAACUAUGAUGAUUAG